CUCUCACACACAGUCUGCAGUCUCAGCAGCAGCGAGCAGAGGGCGAGCUGAGCCUCCACCACGAUUAGAGAGCGGCUCAUCGCGUGCAGCCGAGCCGUUAUGAGCCGGUCAGCGGGAGUCGGUACUGCCGGGGAGGAGGAGGAGGCUGGGUAGGAGAGAGAGCGGGAGAGAGAGAGAGAAAAGACACGUUUGUUCUAAUUAAAUGUCUUUCGCUCUCCGUUUGCAUCAUGCUGUAUUUCCAGCUGGUGAUCAUGGCCGGGACCAUCAUGCUGGCCUACUACUUCGAGUACACCGACACCUUCACUGUGCACGUGCAGGGGUUUUUCUGCUACGACACCACCUACACCAAACCCUACCUGGGACCCGAGGACAACAGCGCCGUCCCGCCCGUCCUGCUGUACGCCGUGGUGGCCGGGCUGCCCACACUGAUGAUCACAGUAACAGAGACUGUGCUGUUCCUGGUCCAGUACACAUCCAAAGAGUUUGACCGGUCAGAGAAGACAGUAGCCACCGGGGACUGCUGUUACCUGAAUCCACUGGUGCGCAGGACAUUCCGCUUCCUCGGAGUCUACACCUUUGGCCUCUUCACUGUUGACAUCUUUGUCAACGCAGGCCAGGUAGUGACAGGGAACCUGGCACCCUACUUCCUGACUGUCUGUAAGCCAAACUACACGGCACUGGGCUGCCAGCAGACCCUGCGUUACAUCAGCCACCAGGAGGCCUGCACAGGAAACCAGGAUGACAUCCUGCAUGCCCGCAAGACCUUCCCAUCCAAGGAGGCUGCACUCAGUGUCUAUGCUGCACUUUACCUGGCUAUGUAUGUGACGUGCACAGUGCAGGCGAAGGGCACUCGUCUGGCCAAGCCAGUGCUGUCUCUCGGACUUAUGUGCCUGGCAUUUCUCACUGGUCUGAACCGUGUGGCUGAAUACCGCAACCACUGGUCGGACGUCAUCGCUGGCUUUAUCAUUGGCACUGCCAUUGCCACUUUCCUGGUGGUGUGUGUGGUCCAUAACUUCAAAGGCAAGUUACUGCUGAGCGAGGAGUCACCAGCGGAGCAGCGACCCAACACAGGCAUACUGAACAUGGGCCGAAUGGAGAGUCCCCUGGAGAAGUAUAUCGCUUCACAGGAGAUGGAUGAUGAAGAUGAAGAGUCUGGCUACAUUAAGGAGCGCAUCCUGGCCUUCCUGCGAUGGGUACAGGGUCUUGACUGGUUCCAGCGUCUCAGAAACAAAAGGCAACAAACUAUGACAAUGCUAAGCUGUGCUAAAUCUCUGGACACAUCUAUACUGUACCUUCAUUUUUAUUCCACAUUUGAAUUAGACUGAUACGACUGGCUGAUAUUGUUCUACAGAUCUGGUCUAGCUCCUCUGUUCUAUGUUAGGUAUACCAGAGCAUUGUAGCAUCAAAACUAGAGAAUAAAAUUAUAUGUUAGCA